CUUUAGGUAAAGAAUAAAGAUGAGUAAACCAAGAGGUGGGAAUGAUGAGACUGAGCUGAGUGACAUGAAGAGGAAGAAUGAUGAAGAAAGACAAGCACCCAUGAAAUUCCUGUUUAAAAAGGAGACCAUGGGAGAAAGGUUGAGGUCCCAUAAGCGAUCUCACUUUCAAAAGAAAGUGAGCAUAACCUUCCCUGGCUCAAACUCCCCACCAUAUCAUGCUCACCAUCACUUUCUCUCAGAGGUCAGUGAUGUUCAGCGAAUGGAGGAAGACCUUUGUCAUCUGCUUGAGAACUUUCAUUCUGGGAAGCUCCAGGCUUUUGGUGGAGACGACUUGCAAAAGAUGGAGGGGAUAAGAGAGCUUCAGGAGCAGUUGGGUCGGCUCCACUUUGACUUGGGUGGAUCUCAGGGUGAUCUCUUACCACCCCUCAGUGAAGAGGGGCUUAAGCGUGCUCAGUGGAACAUGAACACUCUCAUGAGUAAAUUGACACAGCUCAGCAUGAGCAUCGAGGAACUCCAUCGCAGUGAAGCAUCAUGAUCAUCAAAAGGCUAUCAUCCAAAUGCAUUCCCCUUUGUGAAGCAAAGACAUUCUUUUUCUGUUUCAAUAGAUGAAUGUUUGAAGAAUCAGAGUCUUCCUAUUGUUGUUGCAUUUCAAAAAAUAAAUUAUUUGAGAG